AUGCUUUUAUUCAACCAUUUGGCUGUUCUGCUAUCAACAUCAACUUUAUCGGAAUUGAAAAGUGAUUCCAACUCUACCUCAUCAUUAACUCCUUCCAAUAAUUUUUUCUCUCUUUUCAAGACUCCACAUCCAUUUAUGAUUAUUCCUUUUAUUUAUUCACUCUUUGGAAUUUUAUGGAUUGGUUCUCGGGUGGUGUAUUUACGGAGUGUAUUAAAAAUUUAUGAAAUUAAUCAAUCGUUGUUUCCGAUGAUGAUUGGGUUUAUUUAUUUACCAGCUGCAUUAAUUUCAAGCUUUUAUUUAUACUUUAAAAAUUCAAACGAUUUCUCGAAUAUGGAUUUGAAUAAUUACUCAAUGGAUAUUUCCAAAUAUUUCAUGUCAUCGAGCUUGUUAUAUUUUGGUUUUUUAUAUUCGAUUUUAAAUUCAAAGCCAAAAAGAUCUCCUGAUGACAUGAGCAUUCAACAGAUUGAGUAUAGUGAUAGCGAGAAAUGGUUCCAAAGAAUUUCCUUUGUCGCUAUGGCUGUCGCUUAUGCAUUUGUGAGCACUCUGUACAGAUAUGAUCAUUUGAAACUGUAUGCCAUUUGUAUUACAAUUGUAACAUUUUUUACUUGUAUUGGCAUGAAUUGGAGAAUUUCAAAUUCUUCUAAAAUUUAUGGAGUAGAGCCAGAUAAGAAAUUGAGAGAAGACAUUAUUGACGAAUUUAUUAACACCAAGAAGAAAUUAUUUAUGCGAAUACUUCUAUUCAUUGUUCCAAUACUUUCUAUUUUGAUUUCUAAUUUUGGAUUAAUUUAUCAAUAUGAAAAACUUGCAACUUCUGUGGCCAUUCAUGUUUUGUUUGCCUUGCUCUACCAUGCAUUGUUUGUGUUUCAAUUUUACAAUUUUUAUUUCCAAAAGGAUGUAUUGGACCAGCGAAGACAUCGAAUGAAAGUCUUUUUCUUGUUGUUUGUUGUUCCAGUUACUUAUUACGACUCAAUCAAGAAGAAACCUCACACACAAGUCGAGAAAAUAAGUUGCAACAACUAA